AGGACUGAGGCGCAAGCGCACUUCAAUUGUCUUUCAGAGGGUUCCGGGAGUUAAUAGUGAUCCGGGUGAGCCAAAUACGAGCUUUCGGAGGUUGCUUUCAUUUGAUUCUCGCUGUUUUUAUUUGACAGGGCUUUGCUGUAAGAUGGAGGAGACUGACAGGGAAGCAGUUGCAACAGCUGUACAAAGGGUAGCAGGGAUGCUUCAACGACCAGACCAGUUAGAUAAAGUAGAACAAUAUCGCAGAAGAGAAGGCCGUAAGAAAGCUUCAGUAGAAGCACGACUGAAGGCUGCAAUUCAGUCACAACUUGAUGGUGUUCGAACUGGUUUAAGCCAGCUGCACACUGCAUUGCAUGAUGUCAAGGACAUACAGCACUCUUUAGUUGAUGUCAAUAAAGAUUGGCGGCAGAGUAUCAACACCAUAGAAAAUCUCAAAGAUGUUAAAGAUGCUGUAGUUCAACAUAGUCAGCUGGCAGCUGCUGUAGAAAACCUCAAAAAUAUAUUCUCAGUUCCAGAGAUAGUCCAGGAGACUCAAGACUUGAUUGAGCAAGGACAAUUAUUGCAAGCCCAUCGAAAAUUGAUGGAUUUGGAGUGCUCCCGAGAUGAUCUUAUGUAUGAACAGUACCGCAUGGAUAGCAAGAAUACCCAUGAUAUGAACCUAAUUGAUACUUAUUUUGGAGAUAUGCAAAAACUUUCUGAAGAACUGGCUAAGCAACUCUGGAUGGUCAUUCAAAGGUCUCUAGGCACUGUCCGUAGAGAUCCAACCUUGCUUGUUUCAGUUGUAAGAAUAAUUGAGAGAGAAGAAAAGAUAGAUCGGCGUAUGUUAGAUCGGAAAAAGCAAACUGGAUUCAUCCCCCCUGGAAGACCUAAAAAGUGGAAAGAAAAAAUGUUUAAAGCCCUGGAUCGAACUGUUGUUACCAGGAUUGAAGGCACUCAAGCAGACACCCGAGAGUCUGACAAAAUGUGGCUUGUUCGCCAUCUGGAAAUAAUUCGUAAAUACGUUCUUGAUGAUCUGUUGGUGGCUAAAAAUCUUAUGGAUCAAUGUUUUCCCCCACAUUAUGACAUUUUCAAGAGAUUACUAUGUAUGUAUCACCAGGCAUUGUCUUUACGCAUGCAGGACCUGGCUUCAGAAGAUUUAGAGGCAAAUGAAAUUGUCAGCCUUUUGACUUGGGUUUUAAAUACAUAUAAAAGUGAAGAAAUGAUGGGAAAUUUGGAACUGGCACCAGAACUGGAGGUAAAUUUCCUGCAACCUCUUCUUUCUCAGGAGGUCGUGAAUGAACUUCUCAGCACAUAUAUGUCAACUCUUACGUCCAACAUUAUAGGCUGGCUAAGAAAAGCACUGGAGACAGAUAAAAAAGACUGGCUAAAAGAAAAUGAACCAGAAGCAGAUCAGGAUGGAUAUUAUCAAACAACACUCCCAGCUAUUGUAUUUCAGAUGUUUGAACAGAAUCUUCAGGUGGCUACUCAGAUAAGUGAAGAUUUAAAAAUAAAAGUCCUGCAUUUGUGCCUUCAACAAAUGAGUUCCUUUCUUAACAGGUAUAAAGAGGAAGCACAUUUAUAUAAAGAAGAGCAUUUAAGAAAUCGUCAGUAUCAUCCAUGCUAUGUUCAAUACAUGGUUGCUAUCAUCAACAACUGUCAGACUUUUAAGGAGUCGAUCAUCAGUUUGAAGAAGAAAUAUUUGCCCCCUAUGAUGGAAGAGAUGCUGAUAAGCAGUCAUGCAUGUAUUGAUGCAGUUUUAGAUGAAAUUGCAAAAGAAGGAUGCUCAAGCCUGCUAGAUGAAGUCUUCAUUGAUUUAGAGCCCCAUCUUAGUGAACUGAUGACCAAAAAAUGGCUUGGUGCAUCCAAUGCUGUGGAUACAAUCUGUGUAACUGUUGAAGAUUAUUUUAAUGAUUUUGCAAGAAUAAAGAAACCCUGUAAGAAGAAAAUGACUGUUGAGUGCCAUCGUAGAGUUGUUAUGGAAUAUAUCAAGGCUAUAAUGUUAAAGCGUAUUACUUUUAAAAAUGCAGAAGAAAGAAAAGAAGGUGCUGAAAGGAUGAACAGGGAAGCCAAACAGUUCAGGUUUCUAUUUAAAAAACUUGCAGCAGGAUCUGGAGAAGACACAGAGGGGCUUUGUGAUGUCAUUGAAGCUAUUGCAGAAGUUUUCAAGCUAACUGAUCCUUCACUACUUUAUUUAGAAAUCUCAACUUUAGUUAGCAAACAUCCUGAUAUCAGAGAUGAUCAUAUUGCGGCUUUAUUAACAAUGAGAGGAGAUGCCAGUAGAGAGAUGAAGCAGACGAUCAUUGAAACUUUGGACAAAGGCCCAAGCCAGCCAAAUCCAAACUAUGUGCCACUUUUUAAAGAAAUUAUAGUUCCAACACUAACUGUUCCAAAGCUUCUUAAGUAAUAACAAUAAUUCUGUAACACUUUUCAUGUCAAAAUUUGCAAUGUUUUAGCUUACAAUGCAUAUAAAGAAAAUAUGAAUUUCUUGCAAAGCUUUUUUUCUCCUAUGUUAACACUUGUAACAAGAUAUAAGAAUAUCUAAUUCAAUCACUGAAAAAAUAUAUAAUAUAAUGUCCAAUAAUGUUUUAGAAUUGCAUUUUUAUCAUUAUUAGCGAAUCCCUCCUCACUUGCAUUUUUGUGUGUAUUUCAGGAAAAAUAAGGAGUCGACUUACGUCUGAUUUGGAUAAAAAAUUGAAAGCAGAAAUAUUUGUGGGUACAUAAAUUAUCAUUAGGAUUGAAAAAAGAUUUUGUUAGGUGUUUGCUUAAUAAAUGAAUAGCACUGGUGUUGCAUUUUUGAAUUGUGCGCAGAUUAUUUGGGUGUCCUUUUGUGAAACAUUUAAAUACUUAUUACAAAAAUUUCUGUAAAGAAAGGAGAAAUGAACAGAAGAGUGCAAAACUGUAAUACAGAUAAUCCUUGUUUAGCAAUCACAAUUUGGUCCAGAAAUUCAAUGAUUAGGCAUAACAGUUGCUAAGUGAAAAUUACAUGACCAUGACUGUACUUACUAUUUUACUUCAAUUUUCCUUUGCUUGCUACUUCCUUCAGUUGAACAGAGGUACUUUUUAUUUCAGAUCUUAGUAUGAGGUAAAUAAGCAAGUAAAAGUAAGGGGAGAGAGAUAACUGCAAAAGGCUGUGAAUACAACUUUGGUCCCCAAAUUCUCUUUUUACUAUUGUAAAUUAAGCAAAUCAAGUGAAGACUACAUAUAAUUAUAAAUAUUAUGCUAUUGUUUAGAAUUAGAGGGGACAAUUUAGGAUAUCAAUCCAAAAUCUUGCUCAAUUUUCCCCCCCAAUCAAUUUCCACUCAGUUUCUGCUUCAACAUACGGUAUCCAGCAAAGGGAAGCAUACUACCUGUUUAGAUAGUUUGUAAUGGACGAACUGCUCUUACUAAAAUGACACUCAUUGUGGGGAUAGGCAGUCCCCAAAUUCAAGAUUAGAUAUAAACUAUGGAAACUGGAAUACUAUAACUUGUGUAAUAAAAAUGAGUAGCAAUCUGGACAAUAUAUGUAUUUUCUCUCUCUUCACCCUCAUUUUUACCAAGAAAUAAAAUAGUUGAAUUAA